UACGUUUCAAGUAAAAUGAAUGCUUACGUAAAAAUAGAUAAAAAUGAAGUUAAAAUAAUAGUAGAAAUAGAAAUUAAUUUUAAGGUUAUCUAAUUUUCAAAUGAAUCUUAAAAUUCUUACUAUAAAUGACUGUAUGUGAAGUUACGUCGUUCAAGUUUUCAAGAUAAAUUCAAAGAGAUGACCAUUCUUUGCAAAUUUCUUGCAGCUAAUAUUAAUUAUCAUAAACUUACACAUUUUUAUACUCCUACAUGGCAAAAAUAUUUACAUACGAUUUGGAUCUCAUCAAAAAGUGUAUCAAGAAAAACAUGUCCUUUAACUGGUUUACGAUGGCAAACAAGAAAAUUUUUAAAAACGAAUGUUCGAGAUAUCCAUACAAAAGAGAUAUUAAAAACAAAAAAAGAAUCAGAUCUUAAAAAAUUGAUUAUUUUAGCGGCACCUGAAAAAUGGAGGUUAUUUGGUGCUAUUGCUUUCUUAAUAGUAUCAUCUAGUGUAACAAUGGCAGUUCCUUUUAGCCUAGGAAAAGUAAUUGAUACUAUUUAUAAUGUGAAUGUAGAAAAUAUGACAGAAAAAUUAAAUCAAUUAUGUCUCGUGUUACUGGGGGUAUUUAUUAUUGGUGCUUUCAGUAAUUUUUGUCGUGUCUAUCUAAUGUCAACCACAGGCCAUAAAAUUACGUACUCUUUAAGGAAAAAAGCAUACACAGCCAUCCUCAGUCAAGAGACAGCAUUGUUUGAUAUAAAAAAUACAGGAGAACUUGUUGGAAGAUUAACUGGAGAUGCUCAAUUAGUAAGUUCUGCAAUUACUAGUAAUGUAUCAGAUGGAUUAAGAUCUUUAAUUAUGACAACAAGUGGAAUAUCAAUGAUGUUCUAUGUUUCUCCACCGUUAGCUCUUGUUGGUUUAUCAGUGGUACCUGUUGUUGCUGGUACAGCUAUUAUUUAUGGACGUUUCUUAAAGAAAAUCUCAAGAAAUGUGCAAGAUAGUUUGGCAGUAUUAAAUACAGAGGCAGAAGAAAAAAUUAGUAACAUAAGAAUUGUCAAAGCUUAUGCACAAGAGAUUAAAGAAAUUAAAAGAUAUAGUUCUAAAUUGCAAGACGUUCUUAAAUUAUGUUAUAAAGAAAGUUUAUAUAGAGGGAUAUUUUUUGGUAUAACAGGUUUAUCUGGAAAUGUAAUUGUAUUAUCUGUUCUGUAUUAUGGUGGAGUUAUGGUAUCUGAUUCAACUAUAACGAUUGGAGAUUUAAGUGCUUUUUUAUUGUAUGCGGCAUAUGUAGGAAUAUCACUGAGUGGAUUAUCUUCAUUUUACAGUGAAUUGAACAAAGCUUUGGGUGCAAGUUCACGUUUAUUUGAAUUAAUUGACAGAAAACCAAACAUACCUAUUCAAGGUGGUAAAAUAUUGGAGAACAAAUUGACGGGUGAUAUUGUGUUUCAAAAUGUAAACUUCUUUUAUCCUACAAGGGAAAAUUCACUUAUUCUUCAUGAUUUCAAUUUACAUAUACCGAAACAUUCAAUAACUGCUAUUGUUGGCUCAUCCGGCUCUGGAAAAUCUACAAUAGCUAUGUUAUUACUAAGACUUUAUGAUCCAUAUACAGGAAGAAUAUUAUUGGAUGAUUAUGAUAUCAAAGAGCUUGAUUCAAUUUGGGUAAAAUCACAGAUUGGUAUAGUUCCUCAAGAAUCAAUUCUCUUUAGUGGUACUAUAAAAGAAAAUAUUAUGUAUGGUACAGAAAAUUUAAUGGAACAUGAAAUAGAAGAAAUUGCAAAAGAAGCAUAUGUCUUAGAAUUUACACGGAAAAUGAAGGACGGUUUAAAUACUGUCAUUGGAGAAAAAGGUAUUACACUUAGUGGAGGUCAAAGGCAGAGAAUUGCUAUUGCAAGAGCUUUAGUGAAGAAACCAACAAUUUUAAUUUUGGAUGAAGCAACUAGUGCAUUAGAUGCUGAAAGUGAACAUUUUGUUCAAAAAGCAUUAGAACGUGCUACUCAUGGAAAAACAGUACUCACUAUAGCUCAUAGACUCAGUACAAUAAAAAAUGCUGAUAAAAUUGUAGUGAUAGACCAAGGAAAAGUUGUAGAGACAGGAACAUAUAACGAUUUAAUAAGCUUGGAUCAGGGUUAUUUUAAAAACUUGGUGAAACAUCAAGCCUUCACAUAAAUUAAAUUAAAUUAGAUUGACAUGUAGAUUUUAAAAGUAAUUUUUUGCACAUACUGUACAUUUGUGUAUAUUUAA